UUGUGUUGGUGUGUACUGAUGUGUGUCAACAGGGAUUCUGUGUGGUACAAUAACUGGAAAGAAAAAGAAGAAAAUGAUGUACCUAACAGCCAGGAACGCAGAGUUUGACAGGCACGAGCUGCAGAUCUAUGAGGAGGUGGCCAAGAUGCCCCCGUUCCAGAGGAAGACCUUGGUUCUGAUUGGAGCCCAGGGGGUGGGCCGCCGUAGCCUCAAGAACCGACUGGUGGUCCUCAACCCAACACACUUCGGAACCACCAUCCCCUUCACCUCCCGGCGUCCCCGUGACGAUGAGCUGGACGGUAACUCGUACCAGUUCGUAACACGGACGGAGAUGGAGGCGGACGUGAAGGCGGGCCGUUACCUGGAGCACGGCGAGUAYGACGGGAACCUCUACGGAACCAAGAUGGACUCCAUCCACGAGGUGGUGGACACGAGACGAACCUGCAUCCUGGACGUCAACCCACAGGCUCUGAAGGUACUAAAGACAGCAGAGUUCAUGCCRUAUGUGGUGUUCAUCGCAGCACCAGAGUUUGAGACGCUCAAGGCCAUGCACAAAGCUACGGUGGACGCUGGAAUCACCACCAAACAACUCACGGAUGUGGAUCUGAGGAAGACUGUUGAUGAGAGUGCUCGUAUCCAGAGGGCCUACAACCACUACUUCGACCUCRUCAUCACCAACGACAACCUGGACCACGCCUUCGAGACGCUACAGGCUGCCGUCGACAAACUCUGCUCCGAACCACAGUGGGUCCCCGUUAACUGGGUCUACUGAACCCCAACCGGACACUGUCUGACUGGGUCAACUUGACCUAGUGUGUUCAACCCCCGAGGCGGGGGAAAGGACAUGAGAAAGGGGGUUGGUAAUCUGUGGUACUUUGACGGGGGGAAAACCAACCAAACCAAGCGCCUCCUCCUCUCUCCUUACUUCCUGCACACAAUGCAACUGUUUUCUACUGGAAACUCGAAGGGAAAGACUUCUUAUAUAUUUUAGUAUUUUGUAACUUUUUACGAACGAUCUUUCUAUUCAUACCAACGUGGAAUUCAAAAACAUGAAAAAAUAAACAUCAAGGCCAAUCAUUUGGGCCAUAUUUUUUAAUUUAUUUGUUAUUACGUUAGUUUUUUUGUAGUUGUAUCCCUGAGAAGGAAUGAURUUUUUUCUUCUUGUCUGGGGACUGCUCUAGAAAGAGUAUUUAUUAUUGUUAUAUCAACACAGGUCAACAAUGAAGAUGAGACACUAUGCAAUAUUCCAGGACUCUGAGCACUGUUGCCAAGGAAACCUUUUUACKGCGCAUGUCAUUGCCAUGACAACUAGUGUGUCUCAGACCGAAUCCUGUGGACAUCCCUUGUGUGAUUGUCGUAGACCCCCCCCUCCUCCAAAUACCCUACAGUGUACUGUUAGGCUACCCCCUGAUUUGUUUGUAUUUACCUCUUUAGAAUUGUGAYCUCAGCAAAAAUGAACUUGUCUGAAUAUCUACCCCUCACACAUCCUACAAAGAGAAUGAAAGGAAAAGAGCUUUACACUUUACAUUGUACUAUUGAAUAUCAGCAUUUUAACACUGUGUUUCUUAGUUUUUCUUUUAUUACCGUAGGAUUCACUGUCUUUUGUGGCUAUGAUGAUCAUUUUUAGCUUAGUGACUUUUUUUGUCUCCCAUGAUCCUUUGCUUUGUGYUGUUUUCUAUAUUGAACAGACUACAUCCUGUUUUUACCAUUCACCAUCUACCCUGAUCUGUAUGUAAGGUGCUUGACGUUUUUUAAUUAGUUGAUGUGGCACGAAACAAUACUAUCCCACAGUCCUCCAGUGUCAAAGCCCCAAAGCCCUCCUGUGCUGUAACCCAAAUACUAUAUUCUGACUGUUUUCUUUGGUCAUUCUGAACAAAGUCCCAACUGGUGUCCAACAACAACCUUGUGUUUUGAAACACAUCUCUAAAGCAAUACAUUGUUUCAUUAAAUUUACAGAAAUUAAUCUG